AUGGCGGCUAAGCUCCGUGGAAGCCGGCUGGAAGCGGAAGUCGAUCGAGCGAGGGCCGACAGUAAUUGGAAACGUCUCUCCGAAUUACUUCAGUCAAUGAAGUCUAAACAUUCUGGCAUGGAUGACAUGGUGGAAUUAGUUGAAGCAGAAUUGGAGUUGGAGACAUUUUUAGAACAACAAGGAGAAGUUCUUCGGCCUCGACAUGAAUACGCAAAUGGAUUAAGAGAGGCAGAAAUGCUUUUGAAGGAGACGAUUGACCGACGCGAUGGUGGAAUUAUCUUAGAGGCACAUUUAUUAUUAGCAAAGCUGCACUACGCCACCGCGGAAUAUGCGGAAGCUUUGAAAGAUAUUGAAAACUCUGGAAUGGAACUUGCAAAUACGCAAUUCCGAACACUGCGGGCAUUGCGUUUGGUCGCUGAGGUUUAUGCCAUCAAAGGCUUCUGCCUGGAAGCACUAGAAAGCAAUGACAAAGCUAUGGAUAAGAUGAGAUCCUUGUUUUGUUAUGAGAAAGCUGCUGAGCUAGCCAUCCUUUACGUGGGAGAGAUUGAGAAAAACAUCGUGGGCGGAACUGGAAAAGGUAGCGCAUCGACACCGAGUCCCACGCAAAAAUCGGAAAAACUGGGUGACAUCCUUGAAUGCUGUUUGGAAAGAGUCGCAGCGUUGCGCAUUCGAGAUUCGACCAUUGAAAGAAAGAGUAACGUAGAAGGCAUUGAGUGGUAUCGUCGCAUAAUAACUUGCCUUGGAGACAAAUCGACUGGUGAACGGCUGCAACAGAAGAUGUCACGGCAGUUCGCUGAACUUUUAUUACGAGCCGUACCAGCGGACGGACGGGGAGGUACCACUAGUCAAGCAGUCAGCAUGAAAAGCCAAAAUUUGAGCUUUUACAUGGGCUCUCAUAAAGGAUAUUUCGCACCAGCUUCACGAACAGAGGAGGUGAUUCUUCUGCUGCUGAUCAGCGAGGUAUGGUACAAGUUGUGA